GCAGUACUGAAGGUGGCGCCCCAGCAGCGGUCUAGGGAUCACUGCCACUGAGCUUGCAACCAGACCCAGAGACACUGAAGAAGAAAGACGCAUCUCUUCCCGCCACUCCUAGCCUCAGCCUCCAAGGAUGCGGCUCCUCGAGAAACUCUGCUCCUCCAACUCAGGCAGCUCCGCGCCGAAGCCCGCCUUCGCUAAAGUGCUCACGCCGAAUCGCAUCCCCGAAUUCUGCAUCCCGCCGCGGCUGCCGGCGCCCUGCGCGCUCGAGUCUCCAAGCCUGGCCGCCGCCCUGCCCCGGCGCUGCGCCGCUGAACGCGACCUGUGGCCCCGCGCGGCAGACGAGGACGCCGGCCGCACAGACUGGGACCCGCGCUCGCAGGCCGCGUUGUCGCUGCCGCACCUGCCCCGUGUGCUCACCGCCUACGGCUUCUGCGUGCUGCUCGAGAGCCCGCACACGCGUCGCAAGGAGUCGCUCCUGCUCGGGGACCCGUCCGCGCCCCGGCCUCUGACCCACACCUAUGGCGGCGGCGGCGGCUGCGGCCCGGACGCCCCCCUGGGGACCCUGUGCGGCCCGCGAGCUCCGGGCCAGGCCACCCCCGCGGUCCCCGGCCGUCCCCGCCCGCCCCAGGACGCGCUCGUCCCGCGGCCCCGCGGCUGCCAUCUUCUGCGCGCCCCCGACGGGUUGCUGAGCCGCGCGCUGCUGGCCAGGAGGAGUCGCCGCCUGGCCCGCGCCCGCUCCGUCUCCAGUGGGAACGAGGACGAGGAGCGCCGCGCGGGCUCCCAGUCCCCGGCCCGGCCCCACUCCGCGAGCCCGCCUUCGUCCCGGGACCCGCUUCCUGAGCGCCUGGAGGCCGAGGGCACCCUGGCUCUGGGCCGCGCCGGCGACGCCCUGCGCCUGGCCGCUGAGUACUGUCCGGGAACCGGACGCCUCCGUCUCCGGCUGCUCCGCGCCGAGGGCCUCGCAGGAGGCGCCCUGGGGCCUCGUGCCGUCCGCUGCCGCCUCAGCCUCGUCCUGCGGCCGCCGGACACCGCGCGUCGACAAUGCAGCAUUGUGGUGGCGCGCAGCCGCAAGGCCUCCUUUGACCAGGACUUCUGCUUCGACGGCCUCUCGGUGGACGAGGUGCGCCGCCUGGCUGUUUGCGUCAAGGCCCGGGACGAGGGCCGCGGCCGGGAGCGGGGCCGCCUGCUGGGCCAGGGUGAGCUGUCCCUGGGCGCCCUCCUACUGCUCUGAGGGCCCAGCCCUCCCCAAGGCGCUCCGCACCGGGGACUCCGGACACUGACAGCCGCGUGGUACAAAAUAAAUGUUAUUUAUUUUUCUAUUUAUGAUAUUGCUUUAUUGACGUUUUAGUUCUUUACCGUCCACAUUUGUCAUCGUUUAUUGGUAGGGAAGAAAAAGAUAAUGACUCCCCGUUCUGUUCACAGGACCCCCAUUGUUCUUUCCAGACCAUUUUUUACAUUCCAAGGAAAAAUGGGUUGGCUUGGGACUGGGAGAGAAAGGAAGUACACCCAUCUGCAUUGUUUUUCAUUCCUUCCGGUUUUCUAUCAUUGUUUAACAGUUUUUUUUUUUAAUAAAGCAAGUUAUUCAUUCAGA